CAGGCGGUCUGCGCGAGCUGGUUUGUGCUUAGUGUCCUGUGUAACACGCCUUGCAAGCGACGGCACCAUGAGUCUGACUUCCAACAUACGAGUUGAAUGGAUUGCGGGCGUUACUUUUGCUGCUGGGACAGCUGCACUUGGUUAUCUAGUCUACAGAAGAUUCUACAGCAGAGAUAAUCGCAGUAAAUCUAUGGUCAACCUCCACAUCCAGAAAGAUAACCCCAAGGUCGUACAUGCAUUUGACAUGGAGGAUUUGGGAGACAAAGCUGUGUACUGCCGUUGUUGGAGGUCCAAAAAGUUUCCGUUCUGUGAUGGAGCUCACACAAAACACAAUGAAGAGACUGGAGACAAUGUGGGACCUCUGAUCAUUAAGAAGAGAGAAGCUUAAAUGGACAGUUUUGAUGCUGUAGACCAAUUUGUCAUGAUAUUACCUGAUUGUUUCAUUAGUAUGACUACCAUUUCUAUCUAAUUCGCCUUCCCUGGGUCGUAGGUGUGGUAUAUUGUAAACUGCAGCUUUCUUAUUCAUGGCAUUUGCCUUACUUGUUGAGCCAUUGUGGUACACAUUGUUUGAACAGAAGGAGAAAGUUAAAACCAACCUCAUGGCCUGUGGGUUAUUUUGGUCUUGUAAGAAUCCAUUUCUUUACAUUGAAAAUAAUGACAUUGGAGCAUAGUUGAAUC